AUGAAGAUUCUGAUUUUUGGUGCUUCAGGUUUCAUAGGAUUUCCAGCUGCCCAGGCCUUGAUCAGAGCCGGCCACAUUGUAUACGGACAAACACGCUCCAGAGAAAAUGUUCAACGAUUUGAAGCUGAAGAAAUCAUUCCGAUUGUCUGCGAACCCGAGUCGAAUGCAUGGCAUUCCUUACUUCCGACUCUCGAUGUAGUCAUCGAAGCACUAGGAGGAACGGCUAUCAAACAAUUCGUCGCUGCAUCCAUUCGCGAAGGGGUUGCAUCUGCAGCUCAGCGAUUCAGGCCUUCCCAUGCACCGAAACUCACGUAUAUCUACACCUCCGGAUGUUGGGUGCAUGGUGACAAUCGCUCGGAAAUUGUUACUGACACGACACCGAUCACCAUCCCAGUGGAACUAGUCGCCUGGAGGCCGGAACAAGAACAAACUGUUAUAACACAUACUACACUCAAUGGGAUUGUUGUGCGUCCUGUCAUGCUUUAUGGCAAGGGUGGAUCAAUCUUCGCGUCUGUAUUCAAGCAAGCUAAAGAAGAGGGCAAAGUAACCUGGCCUGGAACACCUGGAGGAAAGCUCUCGGUAAUCCACGCAGACGAUCUAGCAGAUCUGUAUGUACGUUUAACGGAAAAAGCAUCUAUCGUGGGUGGAAAGAUUUUUGAUGUUAGCAAUGAUGUAUUGGAGGAUAUGGAUGCAUUCUUGAAAAAAUUAUCUCAAAUUGCAGGGCUCGAGGGCAAAUACGAGUACAGGAAUCCGACAAACAUAUUCGAGGUUGCCAUGGGCACCACCGUGCUAGCAAGACCGUAUCUUGGUCGAGCACUGCUGGGGUGGCAUCCUAAAAAAAUAGGUUUGACAGAUGGCUUAGAGACCUACUACGCUUCAUAUCUGGCUAGUGUGGCCGAAUCCAAGAGCAAUUGA